AUGGGGUUUAUUGGAAACUGGUUUACUUGGGAAAGAGGGAAUUUACCCGAAACAAAUAUUCAAGAACAAUUGGAAAGGGGUGUGGCGAAUAAAGAAUGGUUUCACUUAUUUCCCAAAUUUCAACUUCAACAUCUUCCACAUACGUUUUCAGAUCACUGCCCACUAUUAGUCAAAUCGGAGGAGGAGAACAUAGAAAGAACUUAUAAAAGUUUCAAAUUUGAAGCAUGGUGGGUAUUGGAGGACUCAUUCUUUAGUGAGGUCAAAAAGAUUUGGGAACAUUCUGAGGAAGACUUAUUAAGUAAGCUUGACAGUAUGAAAAGGGGGUUAAAGCGAUGGGCUAGUCAAAUCCGCUAUAAUAGAAAAGAAAGAAAAAAGAUGUUGACUUCCAGGCUGGCUAUGUUACUAGAAGCUGAAAGAGAUUAUGAGAAUUUAGCAGAUCUUAUUGAUACAAAAAUUCAACUCAAUUUUGAAAUUGAUAAAGAUGAGUGCUAUUGGGAACAGAGGGCACGAGUUAACUGGUUGAAAUUUGGGGAUAAAAAUACCGCUUUUUUCCACAAACAAGCAACACAGAAACGACAGAGAAAUUUGAUCCGUUAG